AUGGCCUCUAAUCUUCCUCCUCCUUCCAGCAACAACAAUCGCAUGUUAUCUCCGGCGGAGCAGCUUGUUCUCGACAUCUGCGAUCCCAACCUCAGGGAGAAUGCUGUCCACGAGCUCUCCAAGGAGAUCACUUCAGUUUACCGUCUUCUGUCUCCUCCAACUAUGACUUCUGAUCAAUCAAACAGGGUCUGCAAUGCACUUGCGCUUCUUCAGUGUGUUGCUUCUCAUCCUGAAACGAGAAUGUUGUUCCUUAACGCUCAGAUGCCAUUGUACCUGUACGCUUUCCUGAAUACAUCAAGCAGGUCAAAACCCUUUGAAUACCUGCGACUGACUAGCUUGGGAGUUAUUGGCGCACUUGUCAAGGUUGAUGAUCCAGAAGUAAUCAAGUUCCUUCUUAAGACUGAAAUUGUCCCAUUGUGCCUCCGGACAAUGGAAAAUGGCAGCGAGUUAUCAAAGACUGUUGCUACCUUCAUUGUUCAGAAAGUUUUGCUGGACGAACUUGGGCUUGAGUACAUGUGCAUCAGAGCGGAUAGGUUCUAUGCUCUGGGUCGAGUAUUGGGGAAUAUGGUUAAUUCACUUGCAGCAGGAUCUUCUCCUAGGCUGUUAAAGCACAUCAUACGCUGUUAUCUCCGCUUGACAGAUCACAACAAGGCCUGCGAAGCACUCAGAAACGGCCUCCCAGAUCUUCUAAGGGAUCCCUCCUUCAGUAGCUGUCUCUAUGAUGAUCCAUCUGCAAGGCAAUGGCUGCAGCAGCUGCUCCACAACAUUAGAGUUGGCGGUUCAUCACCUCUAGGGUUCGAUCAAAUGCGUCUGUGA